AUCGAAGGUGAAAAGGGCAUGGUCGCAUCCACUCCCUCAGAUUCGUCCCUAGCUGUUACCGAUGAGGAAUGGAGAACUGCAGCUCGCGCCCUCCGAACAGCCAGUUGGGGUACCGUCUUCUACUUGAUUACCACCGACGUGCUAGGCUGGGCAAACGCACCGUUCGUCUUUGCAAGUGUGGGAUACGGUCCUGCCGUGGCUUUGUUCAUUGUUUUUGGUUGCUUCGCCGGCUUCAGUGGCUGGAUUCUGUGGAAGGUGUUUCUAGAACUCGACUCAACGCGCUACCCCUUGAUCAACUUUGGUGACACCUACUAUCGUGUUUUUGGAGCUUGGAGUCGUCAUUUGGUCAACAUCGGACAGUCGCUGCAGCUGCUGAUGUCGGUGUCCGUGCUUGUUCUGGGUAACGGCCAGAUCCUGUCGCAGCUGUCCAAUGAAAGUAUCUGUUUCGUGGCGUGCAUGAUUAUCAUGAUGGUCAUCGGCAUGGUCUGUGGAAGCAUUCGGUCCUUGCAGCGUCUCGGAUGGCUGACCAACGCUGCCGUCUGGUUGAACAUUGCGGACUUCAUCAUGAUCAUGGUCGCUGCUGGUGGCCACUUUGGUAUCGACUAUCAGGCCGUCAUCUCAUCCACCUUGAUCCAGGUCGUCGAGCCCGUCAAGGUCUUCGCUGGGCCACCGCCCGACAAGUAUCAGAUUCAGGCGACAGGGUUCUCGGGACAAUUCACUGGUGUCGACCAGAUGGUUUACAGCUACGGUGGUGCUAUUUUAUUUGUUGCCUUCCUGGCUGAAAUGCGCCAUCCGUGGGACUUCUGGAAGGGAUUGUUGUGCGCCCAGAUGUUCAUUUGUUUUGUCUACAUCUUCUUCGGUGCCUUUGUCUACAGCUUCUACGGCCAAUACUCCAUCUCCAACCUUUACAACGUGGUUGAGCCGAAAGGUCUACAAAUGGCAGUAAAUAUAGUCUACUUUUUAACAUCCAUUAUUGCCUGCAUUCUCUACUUCAAUAUCGGCAUGAAGUCCAUCUACCAACAGGUCUUUAUGGAGCUUCUCAACUUCCCAGAUAUCUCCACCACCCGCGGCCGCAUGCUCUGGUACGGUCUCGGCCCGAUCUACUGGGUGAUUGCGUUCGUCAUCGCCGCUGCCGUGCCAAACUUUAGUGGAAUUUCCAGCAUGGUCGGCGCGGCCCUGAUCCUCAACUUCACCUACACGCUCCCGGGUAUUCUAUACGUUGGUUUCCGAUGCCAGAAGGAUGCUGCGCUACCCGGAGAGGGGUAUGAUCCUGCGACCGGGGAGACGGUGCGCCAUGAUUCCGGCAUGCAGCGGUAUAUCCGUGGGUUCAAGAAGCACUGGGUGCUGAAUCUUUUCUGUAUCUUCUACUUCUGUGGUGGAUUGGCGUGUUCUGGUAUGGGCAUGUGGGCUGCCAUUGAGAGUUUGAUUGAGGUGUUUGGGCCCGGGGGUACGGUGGCUACGUCUUUUGGGUGUGCUGCACCUGUUUAG